AUGCUUGUAGGUUUAACCACAACAACUCCAGCUACUACAACUCAAACUACAGUUACAGCCGAGACAACAACCACAACAGAAAAUCCAACAACUGAAUCUACAACAACAACAGCCGAGACAACAACAACAACAGAAGCCGAGACAACAACAACAACAGAAGCUCCAACCACUGAAUCUACAACAACAACAGCUAAGACAACAGCAACAACUGAAGCUAUAACAACAACAACUGAAGCUCCAACAACUGAAUCUACAACAACAACAGCCGAGACAACAACAUCAACAACUGAAACCCCAACAACAACAACUGAAUCUACAACAACAACGGCCGAGACAACAACCACAACAGAAGCUCCAACAACUGAAUCUAUAACAACAACAGCCGAGACAACAACAACAACUGAAGCUUCAACAACUGAAUCUACAACAACAACAGCCGAGACAAAGUCAACAACUGAAGCCCCAACAUCAACAACUGAAUCUACAACAACAACGGCCGAGACAACAACAACAACAGAAGCUCCAACAACUGAAUCUACAACAACAACAGCCGAGACAACAAUAACAACAGAAGCUCCAACCACUGAAUCUACAACAACAACAGCUGAGACAACAACAACAACUAAAGCUAUAACAACAACAACUGAAGCUCCAACUACUGAAUCUACAACAACAACAGCCGAGACAACAACAACAACUGAAACCCCAACAACAACAACUGAAUCUACAACGACAAUGGCCGAGACAACAACCACAACAGAAGCUUCAUCAACUGAAUCUACAACAACAACAGCCGAGACAACAACAACAACAGAAGCUCCAACAACUGAAUCUACAACAACAACAGCUGAGACAACAACAACAACUGAAGCUAUAACAACAACAACUGAAUCUACAACAACAACGGCCGAGACAAUAACCACAACAGAAGCUCCUACAACUAAAUCUACAACAACAACAGCCGAGACAACAACAACAACAGAAGCUCCAACAACUGAAUCUACAACAACAACAGCCGAGACAUCAACAAAAACUGACGCUAUGACAACAACAACUGAAGCUUCAACAACUGAAUCUACAACAACAACAGCCGAGACAACAACAACAACUGAAGCCCUAACAACAACAACUGAAUCUACAACAACGACGGCUGAGACAACAACCACAACAGAGGCUCCAACAACUAAUUCUACAACAACAACAUCCGAGACAACAACAACAACUGAAGCUUCAACAACUGAAUCUACAACAACAACAGCCGAGACAACAACAACAACUGAAGCCCCAACAUCAACAACUGAAUCUACAACAACAACGGCCGAGACAACAACCACAACAGAAGCUCCAUCAACUGAAUCUACAACAACAACAGCCGAGACAACAACAACAACGGAAGCUCCACCAACUGAAUCUACAACAACAACAGCCGAGACAACAACAACAACAGAAGUUCCAACCACUAAAUCUAUAACAACAACAGCUGAGACAACAACUGAAGCUAUAACAACAACAACUAAAGCUCCAACAACUGAAUCUACAUCAACAACAGCCGAGACAACAACAACAACUGAAGCUAUAACAACAACAGUUGAAUCUACAACAACAACGGCCGAGACAACAACCACAACAGAAGCUCCAUCAACUGAAUCUACAACAACAACAGCCGAGACAACAACAACAACAGAAGCUCCAACAACUGAAUCUACAACAACAACGGCCGAGACAACAACCACAACAGAAGCUCCAUCAACUGAAUCUACAACAACAACAGCCGAGACAACAACAACAACAGAAGCUCCAACAACUGAAUCUACAACAACAACAGCCGAGACAACAACAACAACAGAAGUUCCAACCACUGAAUCUACAACAACAACAGCUGAGACAACAACAACAACAACUGAAGCUAUAACAACAACAACUGAAGCUCCAACAACUGAAUCUACAACAACAACAGCCGAGACAACAACAACAACUGAAACCCCAACAACAACAACUGAAUCUACAACAACAACGGCCGAGACAACAACCACAACAGAAUCUCCAACAACUGAAUCUACAACAACAACAGCCGAGACAACAACAACAACUGAAACCCCAACAACAACAACUGAAUCUACAACAACAACGGCCGAGACAACAACCACAACAGAAUCUCCAACAACUGAAUCUACAACAACAACAGCCGAGACAACAACAACAACAGAAGCUCCAACCACUGAAUCUACAACAACAACAGCUGAGACAACAACAACAACUGAAGCUAUAACAACAACAACUGAAGCUCCAACAACUGAAUCUACAACAACAACAGCCGAGACAACAACCACAACAGAAGCUCCAACCACUGAAUCUACAACAACAACAGCCGAGACAACAACAACAACUGAAGCCUUAACAUCAACAACUGAAUCUACAACAACUGAAUCUACAACAACAACAGCCGAGACAACAACAACAACUGAAACCCCAACAACAUCAACUGAAUCUACAACAACAACGGCCGAGACAACAACCACAACAGAAGCUCCAACAACUGAAUCUACAACAACAACAGCCGAGACAUCAACAAAAACUGACGCUAUGACAACAACAACUGAAGCUUCAACAACUGAAUCUACAACAACAACAGCCGAGACAACAACAACAACUGAAGCCCUAACAACAACAACUGAAUCUACAACAACGACGGCUGAGACAACAACCACAACAGAGGCUCCAACAACUAAUUCUACAACAACAACAUCCGAGACAACAACAACAACUGAAGCUUCAACAACUGAAUCUACAACAACAACAGCCGAGACAACAACAACAACUGAAGCCCCAACAUCAACAACUGAAUCUACAACAACAACGGCCGAGACAACAACCACAACAGAAGCUCCAUCAACUGAAUCUACAACAACAACAGCCGAGACAACAACAACAACGGAAGCUCCACCAACUGAAUCUACAACAACAACAGCCGAGACAACAACAACAACAGAAGUUCCAACCACUAAAUCUAUAACAACAACAGCUGAGACAACAACUGAAGCUAUAACAACAACAACUAAAGCUCCAACAACUGAAUCUACAUCAACAACAGCCGAGACAACAACAACAACUGAAGCUAUAACAACAACAGUUGAAUCUACAACAACAACGGCCGAGACAACAACCACAACAGAAGCUCCAUCAACUGAAUCUACAACAACAACAGCCGAGACAACAACAACAACAGAAGCUCCAACAACUGAAUCUACAACAACAACGGCCGAGACAACAACCACAACAGAAGCUCCAUCAACUGAAUCUACAACAACAACAGCCGAGACAACAACAACAACAGAAGUUCCAACCACUGAAUCUACAACAACAACAGCUGAGACAACAACAACAACAACUGAAGCUAUAACAACAACAACUGAAACUCCAACAACUGAAUCUACAACAACAACAGCCGAGACAACAACAACAACUGAAACCCCAACAACAACAACUGAAUCUACAACAACAACGGCCGAGACAACAACCACAACAGAAGCUCCAACAACUGAAUCUACAACAACAACAGCCGAGACAACAACAACAACAGAAGCUCCAACCACUGAAUCUACAACAACAACAGCUGAGACAACAACAACAACUGAAGCUAUAACAACAACAACUGAAGCUCCAACAACUGAAUCUACAACAACAACAGCCGAGACAACAACCACAACAGAAGCUCCAACCACUGAUUCUACAACAACAACAGCCGAGACAACAACAACAACUGAAGCCUUAACAUCAACAACUGAAUCUACAACAACUGAAUCUACAACAACAACAGCCGAGACAACAACAACAACUGAAACCCCAACAACAACAACUGAAUCUACAACAACAACGGCCGAGACAACAACCACAACAGAAGCUCCAACAACUGAAUCUACAACAACAACAGCCGAGACAACAACCACAACAGAAGCUCCAACCACUGAUUCUACAACAACAACAGCCGAGACAACAACAACAACUGAAGCCUUAACAUCAACAACUGAAUCUACAACAACUGAAUCUACAACAACAACAGCCGAGACAACAACAACAACUGAAACCCCAACAACAACAACUGAAUCUACAACAACAACGGCCGAGACAACAACCACAACAGAAGCUCCAACAACUGAAUCUACAACAACAACAGCCGAGACAACAACAACAACUGAAGCUUCAACAACUGAAUCUACAACAACAACGGCCGAGACAACUACCACAACAGAAGCUCCAUCAACUGAAUCUACAACAACAACAGCCGAGACAACAACAACAACAGAAGCUCCAACAACUGAAUCUACAACAACAACGGCCGAGACAACAACCACAACAGAAGCUCCAACCACUGAAUCUGCAACAACAACAGCCGAGACAACAACAACAACUGAAGCCUUAACAUCAACAACUGAAUCUACAACAACUGAAUCUACAACAACAACAGCCGAGACAACAACAACAACUGAAACCCCAACAACAACAACUGAAUCUACAACAACAACGGCCGAGACAACAACCACAACAGAAGCUCCAACAACUGAAUCUACAACAACAACAGCCGAGACAACAACAACAACUGAAGCUUCAACAACUGAAUCUACAACAACAACGGCCGAGACAACUACCACAACAGAAGCUCCAUCAACUGAAUCUACAACAACAACAGCCGAGACAACAACAACAACAGAAGCUCCAACAACUGAAUCUACAACAACAACGGCCGAGACAACAACCACAACAGAAGCUCCAUCAAAUGAAUCUACAACAACAACAGCCGAGACAACAACAACAACAGAAGCUCCAACAACUGAAUCUACAACAACAACGGCCGAGACAACAACCACAACAGAAGCUCCAUCAACUGAAUCUACAACAACAACAGCCGAGACAACAACAACAACAGAAGUUCCAACCACUGAAUCUACAACAACAACAGCUGAGACAACAACAACAACAACUGAAGCUAUAACAACAACAACUGAAGCUCCAACAACUGAAUCUACAACAACAACAGCCGAGACAACAACAAUAACUGAAUCUACAACAACAACGGCCGAGACAACAACCACAACAGAAGCUCCAACAACUGAAUCUGCAACAACAACAGCCGAGACAACAACAACAACAGAAGCUCCAACCACUGAAUCUACAACAACAACAGCUGAGACAACAACAACAACUGAAGCUAUAACAACAACAACUGAAGCUCCAACAACUGAAUCUACAACAACAACAGCCGAGACAACAACCACAACAGAAGCUCCAACAACUGAAUCUACAACAACAACGGCCGAGACAACAACAACAACAGAAGUUCCAACCACUGAAUCUACAGCAAUAACAGCUGAGACAACAACAACAACUGAAGCUAUAACAACAACAACUGAAGCUCCAACAACUGAAUCUACAACAACAACAGCCGAGACAACAACAACAACAUAUGAAUCUACAACAACAACGGCCGAGACAACAACCACAACAGAAGCUCCAACAACUGAAUCUACAACAACAACAGCCGAGACAACAACAACAACUGAAGCUUCAACAACUGAAUCUACAACAACAACAGCCGAGACAACAACAACAACAACUGAAGCCCUAACAUCAACAACUGAAUCUACAACAACAACGACAACAACUACAACUGAAGCUUUAACAACAACAACUGAAGCUCCAACAACUGCAUCUACAUCAACAACAGUUGAAACAACUACAACAACUGAAGUUCUAACAACAACAACUGAUGCUGCAACAACUAAAUAUACAACAACAACAUCCGAGACAUCAACAACAACUGAAGCUUCAACAACAACAACUGAAGCUCCAACAACUGAAUCUACCACAACAACAGCUGAGACAGCAACAACAACUGAAGCUUCAACAAGUGAUUCUAGAACAACAACAGCUGAGACAGCAACAACAACUGCAGCUUUAACAACAACAACUGAUGCUUCGACAAUUGGAUCUACAACAAAAACAACCGAGACAUCAACAAUAUCUGAAUCUUAA